CUCCUUCGCCCUCCCCUUCCUCGGCCCUCGCACAUCCCACCCCGCCCUUUCCCCCUCCUUCCCCCAUUCGCGCCUCCCUGGGCGUCCGCCGCUGCUCCGGCCUCCGUUGGUUCUCAUCUCGCCGCCAGAGGGCCACCGCGGGCGAGGGGGCGUCAGAGCCGGGGGACACCGCUCGGCCGGGUGUCGGUUGUUUGCGAGCAUGUCCAGCCAGGUCCCCUUUCGACUUGAGUUUCUCGUCCACCAGCUGGCCAGUGGUUGCGGACUGGAGGCACACGCGGCCGACAUAUCCGCCGCCCUCCAGUCGGACGCCGCUCCGCCGGCGAGCGAUGGGCGCAUGAACACCACCUUCCUCGGCAUCCUUCGCCAUGUCUUCCGCGGGGGGGAUUUUCUUCAGCUCCACCAGCAGAUUGCCGCCUAUCUGGGAGAGGACGCCUCGGCCGAGCGGUCGCCACGCACCUUCUCCCUGUAUCGAUCGGUGGUUGUCUAUUUGUCGCGUGUGCGGCCGGAGCUGUUCAGCAGAACGUCCGCCGCCUCUGUGACGAGUUCCGCGUCGGCAGCCCGGAGCCCGGCCAGGCCAGUGCCAUCAUCUGUCCCGGCGACAAGUGCAUCCGCUUCCGCUCGUCGUGAUGUCGCGUCCGCCAUGGUGUCCACCUCGCGCAUGGCGGGCCCGCCGGCCGCGGCCCCCCCGGCCCGAGUGCCAGCCUCCGCUGCUGGCCCGGCUUCCGUGCAAACGGCCGGGUCCUCGGCAUCCACAUCGAGUCUUCCGGCUGCCCCCGGUCGGUCCUCCGGGCCACCGCGCCCAGUAGCCCUUGACACCGCUCUGCCGCCGACUCGGCCGGCCUCUCCUCCUGGGCCCGCUUGGUGCUUGUUGCCGAAGCCUUGCAUGCCGGGGCUGGAUGUUGCUCCGCCCGCAUGGAUGCAGCCCACCUCGCCACACGCCUACAUCCCGGCUGUGGCGCAGCAGCACGCACACCCGGGUGGCAAGCUUGCCUCUGCCGCGGCGGCCCCCCUGACCGGGCAGGCCUUCUCCACGCAGGAGCUUCUCAUUGUCGAGGAUCUGCUUUUCGUCAUGCUCGGGUAUGACGGACAAUACCUGCGUUGCGCCUAUCCCCCGGAGGAUCGGCACCCGGCCGGCACGAUGGGCUUCGAUCCGCUGCGAGCGGUGUCCCAUUUCGAUCGCGCCUACCUGUCCAUCGCGCCUGGCAUGGACCCGACUAUUGCCGGCCUGCUUGGCCGGGCCCUGCCGCUGGUGUCCUCGCACCGGGCGCUGGUGGCAUUCAUCGAGUCGCAGUGGAUGCCGCGGCAUUCGGCGGGCUCUCGGACAGCCGCCGUGGCCGCCUUCUCCCCGGUGGAACGAGCCCUGGCGCGCGCGCUGCAGCACAUCCUCGGCGAAUAUCACCGGCUGGUAUCGCAGCUGGACCAGGCCUUUCGCACCGGGCGCCUGAGCAGUGCCCGGUUGGAAUACCACCACCGGCGGCUUGCCACGCCGACCGGGGCCGAUGGCCUGUCCUCGGGUGGGCUUUUCGAAUUGACCUUCCCGGAGGUGGCUCUGCCAGCGGAGGUGGCAGCGGCGUCCGGCCAGUCGGCCGGCCUGUCGUCCUUGAUCCUGGCCGUGGAGCCGAUCUCCACCGGCUUCCAGGCCGUUGCGCAUGCCCUCCGGCGGGUGGUCGGCGCGUUCGGGGUCGCGCGUUCGCCGGCCUGCGGGCACCGUGUUUGUGCCCUCUCCGAUGGCCGGCGCAUUUCCCAAUUCUGGGAGUGGUCGGAAUCCUGCCGCGGCGAUCAGCCCCUCUACUCCCUGUCGCAGCACCUGGUCCGGGCCAUGAGCCAGCCCUACUUGCGAGCGGUGGACACCUGGAUGGCGGAGGGCCGCCUGCCCGAGCAUUUGGUGGGCUUCUGUGUCCGGAUGGCCUCUCGCGAGGAGAUCCGCCGCGCUGCUCCCCUCAAAAGCCACCCCGAUGACUACUGGUCCUAUCGAUACUACCUGCCCCUGGUGGAGGAGCCGGAGGCCGGGACCCCGGUUUCCGAGCACCAACUCCGUGUUGUCACCCUGCCGCGGUAUUUGCACGCGGUCGACCUGCCGCCCUUCCUGGCUCCGUACGCCCAGCUGGUUCUGGACGCCGGACGGUAUGUCAACAUCCUGCGGUAUUGUCGUCAGGCGUCCGGGCGUUCGGUGGGCGGCCCUGGGCAUCAGGGCUUCCCGGCCCUGGGGGGCGAUAUGCUGCCCUUCUCGGCCGACCCGGCGGCCUACUCGCGGCACAUUGGCGCGGCACAUGGCCAUGCGUCGGCCGCGUUGUUGGAUCUGCUGAGGGCGGCGCCGGUGCUGCCCUCGGCCAUGGGCCCGGCCGCCCCGCUGUCGGGCAUCGACCUGCACUUGACCAAUGCCUCGCGUCUCUUUCUCGGGGUCGCCGGCGCCGGGGGCGACAUGCUGAUCGACUCCUUCCUGGACCAGCUGGAGCAGUUGCAGGACCAUUGGCGCGCGGAGGCCCUGCGCGGCCUGUGGCUCGGCUUCCAGGGCCCUGGCGUUGCGGGGGACCCGCGCCACCCGGCCGUCCAGCGGGCCUUCGACCAGGCCGUGGCCACCGGGCGGGUUCUGCUCAAUCCCGGGGCUCUGGAUGCCGGUCGGGAUCGGCUGGACUGGACGUCCGGCGAGUGGCUGGGCUCCGAUGGCUCGCCCCCCUCGCUGGUGCGUGUCAGCUACGCCGAGCACCCGGUGCUGCUGCACCUGCUGCAGGUCCUGGGCGAGCACAAGGCCAUGGCGUCGCAGCGCCGGGGCCCGGGGCCGACCUCCACCCUGGCCGGCCAUGAUGGUGCUCGGCCUGGCUCGUCGGCUGGGGCCGGCUGGCGCCGGGCCCCGGAGCACAUGCUGGAGCUGGAGCGCCAGCGGCUGAUCAGUGUCUCGCUGCAAGUUCCCUGGCCCUUCUCGUUGGUGCUUCCCCAACGGUCGCGCAUCAAGCUGGACCUGAUCUUCCGCUGGCGAUUGGCCCUGGCACAUGCGGAGCGUGCGCUGGCUCGGGCGGUGCUUCAGCGGGCGCUCGUGGCCCGGCGCGACCGCCGGCGCUCGCGCUGGGCAGCCAUCCACCCGGCAAGCUCCUCGCACCUGCCGGCCGCCCAGCAAUCGCACUCCUUCCUUCACAUUCGCCAGCUGGACCGACAAAUUGGCUCGCUCGCCAGCUGGAUGGCACACGUGGUCCGGUGCCUUCGGGCGCACACGGCCGCCGAAAUCCUCGGCCAGCUGUGGGCCGACUUCGAGCAGUAUUAUCGAUCGGUCCGCACCCUGGACGAGUUGGUCUUCCGCCAUAAUGCCUUCCUUGACAGCUGCCUCCGAGAGCUGAUGCUCUCGGAUAGCAAACUCAUUCAGAUCACGCACAAUCUUCUUUCGAUUGUGGAAGUAUUUUGCGACUACCUGGAACGCCUGCCGGCCAGCGAGCGUCAUGAUCCACGAACCGAACGUCCUGCCGGGGGUGGUCCUCCCCCGCCCGGGACAGCCGGGCCGCUGACCGAGUACACCCGGCACCCGGGUGCCCUGGGGUCCGCGGCCCCGACAGCUGCGACCCCGGCGCUGACGCCCAGCCGCGCCCGGCUGGCGCUCGAGUCCAUCGAGAGCAUCCGCAAAGCCUUCGACAAGACCAUGGCCACCCUGGUGCAUGUGCUGGUGGCACGCGCGGCUCAGGAUGGCCUGCGGUCCUGGAAGGACCUGGCCGAGUCGAUCAACUUCCCCCUGCUGGACCGUGGGACGCUCGAGGCCAGGCCGGUGUAUGUGUCAUCGGCCCGGUCCUAGGGGCGCGUCGCUGUAGAGAUAGAAAUAUAUACCCAUGCCCACCCAUA